AUGACACAGUCGGCGCCGCUGCUGUCGGGGGAGAAGCCGGAGCUGCGCCAUGGCGAUGUGUUCGUGAUCACGCUCCCGGGCCAUCACGACCAGGCAGACGACGGGCCGUCGCCGUCCAGGUGGGCCGCUGCGUGGAGGGCGGUGAUGGUGCUCGCGGCGCUCGCGCUGGCUGGGCACUGCUACCGCCUGCACUACUACUCCCCCGAGGUGGCCGCCCGGCUCUGGGGGGAAGGCUGGAGAUGGAGCGCCGAGGGCGCCUCGUCGUCGUCCUUCCUGCUGCCGCUCUACACCAAGAAGGCCGGCCACGGCGCCGGCGUCAAGGCUUCCACGGCGGCGCUGCCGGAGAGGUUCGUGCUGCAGGAAUUCGUUCUUCUUCCACCAUUGAUAUGCAGGCGGUACUACACUUCGAUAAACAUCGGCAAUCCUGCCAGACCCUACUUUCUCGACGUUGACACCGGGACUGACCUGACAUGGAUCCAGUGCGACGCACCCUGCACCAACUGCACAAAGGGGCCUCAUCCUUUGUAUAAGCCUUCGAAAGGGAACAUGGUUCACCCCAAGGACUCAGUGUGCCAGGAACUGCAAGGCAACCAGAAUUACUGCGACACUUGCAAACAGUGUGAAUACGAGAUCGCAUAUGCGGAUCGAAGCUCCUCUGCCGGUGUGCUUGCAAGAGAUAGUAUGCAACUGAUCACUGCAGAUGCUGAAAGGGAAAUUGUGCCCUUUGUGUUCGGGUGUGCAUAUGAUCAGCAAGGAAAGCUUUUGGACUCAACAACAGGUACUGAUGGAGUCCUUGGCCUUAGCAAUGGGGCAAUAAGCCUUCCUACCCAGCUGGCCAACCAAGGGAUUAUUUCCAAUGUUUUUGGCCAUUGUAUCCCCGCGGAUCCCACAAGUAGUGGCUAUAUGUUCCUUGGUGACGAGUACAUUCCCAGAUGGGGAAUGACAUGGGUUCCCAUCCGGAAUGGUCCAGAGAACGUGUACAGCACAGAAGUCCAGAAAGUAAACUAUGGGGGUCAGGAGCUUAAUGUGCGACGGCAGGCAGGGAAACUGACUCAAGUGAUCUUUGAUAGCGGGAGCUCGUACACGUAUUUCCCACGUGAAAUAUACAGAAACCUGAUUGCUUCGCUUGAAGACGUCUCACCAGGAUUUGUACAUGAUGAUUCAGAUCAAACACUACCUUUCUGCAUGAAACCUAAUUUCCCAGUGAGGUCUGUAGAUGAUGUGAAGGAACUGUUCAAGCCCUUGGAACUGCAAUUCCGGAAAAGAUGGUUCGUGAUCCCAAGAACAUUCACAAUUUCUCCUGAAAGCUACUUGAUCAUCAGUGAGAAAGGCAAUGUCUGCCUAGGGGUGCUUGAUGGAACAGAGAUUGGCCACAGAUCAACAAUAAUAAUUGGAGACGCCUCUCUCCGUGGGAAGUUGGUUGUGUAUGACAAUGACGAGAAUCAGAUGGGAUGGGUUCAGUCGGACUGCACCAGGCCACAGAAAGAAAGCAGAGUUCAUUCCUUCCUUUCAAGAGCAUUGCACAGUCAACUUCUUUAAAUGUCACAGACAGAUCACAAGCGAAUUCGUCUGACCAUGCACAGAUAUGCUCGUCUUCUCGACUCGCAGUUCUGCAUCUGAAGCUGCCAUAAUCAUAUAAUGGAUAUAGUUAAACAGGGGAUAGGAAAACAAAAAGGAAAAGAGAGGAG